AUGUCGCAAUCCUUACGACCAUACCUCCAAUGCGUCCGUUCGUCUCUGACUGCUGCCCUUGCGGUAUCGAAUUUCGCUUCGCAGACAUCAGAGCGGCAUAACGUUCCGGAAAUAGAAGCAGCUACUUCUCCAGAACUUCUCCUUAAUCCACUCACGGUUGCGCGCAAUGAGAAAGAAAAGGUCCUUAUAGAACCUAGCGUGAAUAGCGUUAGAGUUAGCAUUCGAAUCAAACAGGCAGACGAAAUUGAGCAUAUCCUCGUACACAAAUUCACCAGGUUCUUAACACAGAGAGCAGAGGCAUUCUUUAUUCUCCGACGGAAACCUGUCAAGGGCUAUGAUAUCUCGUUCCUUAUCACAAACUUCCACACCGAGGCUAUGUUGAAGCACAAGUUGGUUGACUUUAUCAUCGAAUUCAUGGAGGAGGUUGACAAGGAAAUAUCGGAGAUGAGGCUAUUCUUAAAUGCCCGCGCACGAUUUGUUGCAGAAUCCUUUUUGACCCCAUUUGAUUAG